GUACAAAUGCGGUAGCUGCUGCUGCUGCUGGUGGUGCUGGUGGUGCUGCUGGUGCUGGUGGUGGUGGUGCUGGUGGUGGUGGCGAUCAACAGCGGCACCCUCACGGGUCUAAUGUCUGUAGGCAAGGGCAUGGCCAAGCUGGUGUCUAUCGCCCUGUUCGCUCUACUCACCGCGGCGAGCGAAAUUCAAGGAGAAGGCGACGAGCGGCCCGUGCGGUGCAGCCUGUUCGGCCCCGGCUGGGUGCACACGUUCGACGGCAGCGUGUACGACUUCUCCGGCGUGUGCAGCUACCAGCUGGCGGGAGACUGCGCGGGGAACUCCUUCUCCCUGCUGGUGAGCUACGAGGAUGGAGAGGCGCGUGGAUUGUCGCUCUACGUUCCGGCCCAGGCCCUGGAGCUGCAACUCUUCACCAAUGGAACCUGCAUCCUGGACGGACACGCGUCCCCCGUGCCUCUAGCCGCCUCGGGGGUGUUCGUGGAGAGGCGAGGCGGCGGCUUGCUGCUUCACAGCGACGCGCUGGGCGUGAGCGCGCACCUGGAGACGGGCACCAGGGUCACGUCCGUCCAGGGGAUGGAGGAUGAGGGGGUGGAGGAGGAGGGGGUGGAGGAGGAGGAGGGGGGGAUGGAGGAGGGGGAUGCGAGGGUCCCGGGGAGGCCGACGCUGUCGCUGCUGCUGGCGCCGCGACUCGCCAACGCCACGUGCGGCCUGUGCGGGGACGGCAACGGGCGGGCCUACGACGACCUGCGCACGCAGGAAGGGUUCGUCUCUGAGGACCCGUACGAGUUCGCCCAGAGCUGGGCGCGGGACUCGCUGCAGGGAGGCUGCGUGCGGGCACUGCCACCCAGCCACGAGUGCACGGCCGCAGACGCCACGACGGUGACCUCCCUCUGCUCGCGGCUGCGCCCGCCAGCGGCUCCGGCGCUCUGCGCUCCGUGGCUCGACCCGGAGCCGUUUGCCGCGGCGUGUGAGCGCGACGCGUGCGAGUGCCGCCCCUCGCCGGGGGGCUCCGCUCCCCCUCCUCCUCCUCCCCGCCGCCGCCACGGCCGCCACGGCAGGGAGGGGGCACCCCCCGCCGACGGGGCCCGCUGCGGGUGCGCGGCGCUGCUGGAGUACGCGCGGGCGUGCGGGCACCGCGGGGUGCCGGUGGGGCGCUGGGUGGUGGACGCCGGCUGCGCCCCCGCGUGCCCACCCGGGAUGGAGUACCGGGCAUGCGCCCCCCCGUGCCCCCGCUCCUGUCAGAGCGUGCACGCGUUGGACGCGGCGUGCGACGAGGGGCCGUGCCAGGAUGGGUGCACGUGCCCAGCUGGCCUGUUGCUGGACGGCGGCCGCUGUGUGCGCGAGUCGGAGUGCUCGUGCUUCCAUAACGGGCGACGCUUCCCCCCGGAGUUCUCGAUCGAGCAGGGCUGCAACUCCUGCAUCUGCAAGGGCGGAACAUGGAUUUGCACGAACCGCACGUGUGAAGGCGAGUGUCUGGUGACGGGUCACGCGCACUUCAGGUCGUUCGACGGCCGCUUCUUCUCGUCCCGCUCGGCGUGCGAGCACGUGCUGGCCAGAGACUGCACAGGGCAGCAGCAGGGGCAGCAGCAGGGGCAGCAGCAGGGGCAGCAGCAGGGGCAGCGCGCCUUCUCCAUCUCCAGCGAGAGCGUGCGGUGCGGGGAAGACCCGUCCGCCGUGUGCUUGGAGGCGCUGAGCGUGUCCGUCCCCGAGCUGGACAACGCCACGCUGCGUCUCUCCCACGGCGGUCUCGUGUCUCUGGGCGACGUGGACAUUCGCCUGCCCUACCGCCACGGCCGCGUCUCGGUGUUCAACUCGUUCCCAACGGGCGUGAGGCUGGCCUACGGCGACACGUUUCGCCUCGACUGGGAUGGACACGGCUCCGUGAGGCUCAAGCUGAGCGCACAGUUUGCGGGCCGCGUGUGCGGCCUCUGCGGCAACUUCGACGGCAACGCCGGCGACGACCUCCGCACCCCGGCGGGCCUCGUGGAGGUGCGGCCCGGCGACUUCGCCGACUCGUGGCGCCUCGGCGCGGCCUGCGAGGCCUCCCCCGGCACCGCCGCCUCGGAGACCCCAGCGGGGGCAGCAGCAGAUCCCUGCACCCUCAACGCCAAGCGGGCCCGUGACGCCGACGAGUCGUGCUCGCUGCUGCUGUCCUCCGUGUUCGCCCCGUGCCACGCGCGCGUGCCCCCGGCCGCGUUCGUGCGCGCGUGCACGCGCGACGCGUGCUCGUGCCCGCCCGGCGGCGCCUGCCUCUGCGACGCCAUCGCCGCGUACGCGCGCGCCUGCGACUCGCAGGGGGCCACCGUGGACUGGCGCAGCGAGCGGCUGUGCCCGCCACGCUGCCCGGAGGGUCGCGAGUACUCUCGCUGCGCCUCUCCCUGUAACCGCACGUGCCUCUCGCUGUCGGCGGGCGACCCGCUGUGCCAGCCCGACGAGUGCCUGGAGGGCUGCUUCUGCCCCCGGGGCACGUUCGCCUCCUCCUCGGGGGAGGGGGGCCUCGCCGGGACGUGCGUGGCCGCCGCGGGCUGCCCGUGCCGCCACGCCGGGGAGGUGUUCGAGCCGGGCGAGGUGGUCGCGCGGCACAUGUCCGUGUGCUACUGCGAGGCGGGGGUGAUGCGCUGCUCGGAGACUCACGGCGCGACGCCCGCCCUUGCCACCCUGCGUGGCCCCGCCGCCGUGGAGCGAGUGCGGAGGAGUGCCCCGUGCCGCCCCCCCAUGGUGCGUGUCUCGUGCCGCGCUGGGGACCGUUCCGCCGUGGGGGUGGAGUGUGCCCCCUCGUGCCGCAGCCUCGACAACGACGCAGAGUGCAGGCGCAGCAGCAGCAGCGGCUGCGUCUCAGGCUGCGCGUGCCCCCAGGGCAGGGUGCUGCACGGCUCCAAGUGUGUGCUGCCUGACCAGUGCCCGUGCCUGCACCACGGCAAGGAGUUCGCCCCAGGGAGAACGGUGCAGGUUGCCUGCAACACCUGCCUGUGCCGAGGACGCAGGUGGCACUGCACGGGUCACGUGUGCCCCGCCUCGUGCGCCACCGUGGGGGCCGCUCACUACGCCACCUUCGACGGGACGAGGUUCGCAUUCGGGGGCGCCUGCAAGUACGUCCUGGCGCAGGAUUUCUGCGGUGAUCCCGGUGACGACGCCCGCGGCGACGGUGGCGACGGCGGUGGAGGCGGCUCGUUCCGCGUGCUGGUGGAGAACGCCGGCUGUGCCACGCGACCGGGACGGCGCUGCUCCAAGCGCGUGUCGGUGUUUUACCGCGGAACUCUCGUCGAGAUGAUGGACGGCGCGGCCCACGUGAGGAAGAAGGCGCCGGAGGGUGCGGAUCUGAGCGUGCGGCGCACCGGCGCCUACCUGCUGCUCCUCACCGAGCGGGGCUUCUCCGUGCUGUGGGACCGCGCCAUGCGCGUCGUCGUCACCAUCGACGGCCGCUACCAGGGCAAAGUGUGCGGCCUGUGCGGCAACUUCGACGGGAGCCAGAACGACGACCUGGUGAGCAGCGGCAACGCAGCCGAGGGCAGCGCCGCCGACUUCGGCGACUCGUGGCGCACCGACCCGGCGUGCGCCGCCGCCCCGCCGCUGGUGCCCGCCUGCAAGGGAGACUUCCGCAAGCGCUCGCAGGCGGAGGCCGCGUGCUCCGUGAUGCUCAGCGCCGCCUUCCAAGAGUGCAACAAGCGGGUGUCGGUGCAGGAGCACCUGGAGUGGUGCGUGAAUGAGGCGUGUGCGUGCGAGGCUCCGGGCGACUGCGCCUGCCUCUGCGACAGCGUCGCCGCGUACGCACACGCGUGUGCGCAGGCCGGGGCGCCCGUGCGCUGGCGCUCGCCCGACUUCUGCCCCGUGUCAUGCGACGAGGACUCCAAGCCGCACGGUGGCGACGGCAACGACGACGGUGAUGGUGACGGUGACGGUGCGUGCGAGUGGCACUACGACGCGUGUGGACCCGCGUGCCCCGUGUCGUGCCAGUCGCCGCCCAUCAGGGACUGCCCCUUCAGCUGCCUCGAGGGGUGCCACCGGCGGUGUCCCAACGGUGAGGCCCUCGCCCCGACG